AUGAAAGGCAGCAACGGCUUCGCCAUAGCCCUCGGGCUUUCACUCUCUAAAAGUGUGGCCGCAGUUUACACAAACUCGACAUCGUCAUGCUGCAACGCUAUAGCGCAGGCUCUUUCAAAUAAUGUCUACAGUCCUUCGACAUCUGCAUACAACGUCUCCAUCAACACUCGAUGGUCCGGAACAUCGGUCUUGGAACCAGCCUGUGUCAUCAUUCCUCAAUCCGCCGAAGAUGUCUCGGCGGCUAUCAAGCUCAUCACUCAGAACCAGUGCAAAUUCUCUGUGAAAAGUGGUGGCCACAACGCAAAUCCCGGGGCAAACAGCAUCAGCGGUGGCGUUUCUAUCGACCUGAGCGGUUUCAAAUCGACUUCUUUGUCGGCCGAUCGUAGCUUUGUCAGUCUCGGAUCUGGUGUCACUUGGGGCGAGGCCUACGAUGCCUUUAACAGCAGCAAUAUCGGUUUCACUGGCGGAAUCUGCGAAGACGUUGGCGUUGGUGGAGUUUCCCUAGGUGGAGGACAAUCUCUCUUCGCACCUAAAAGGGGCUGGGCUGUUGAUAACAUCUUGAACUACGAAAUUGUUUUGGCGUCUGGAGAUAUUGUCAAUGCCAACGAGACCAGCAAUGCUGAUCUGUUCAAGGCCUUGAAAGGUGGCAACACAAACUUUGGCAUCGUCACUCGCGUGGACUUGGAUGCUUUUGACUUUGACGGUCUUUGGGGUGGUGAAGUCUAUGUCAACCUUACUGGCACUGAGGCAGCUCGUUCAGAUGUGUUGGACCAGAUCAGCCAUGCCAUCACAAACUUUACUACCAACAACCAUCUUGAUACUAGUUCGGCUGUUCAAUUGAUGACAGUCUACCUCAGCGGAGGUCGUGGUCAGAUUGUCAAUGCCGCCUUUGGAAACACUGACGGCGUGGAGAAACCGGAAUCCAUCCAGCCUUUCUUGGAAAUGCCAAACCAGGUUUUGAAUGAAGCCGGUCCAGUCAAGAUAGCCGAUUUUGUGCACAAAGUCAGCCAGUUUCAGGCUAAGGGUUACAGGGAGGUUACGGCAAGUGUGACUUUCAACAAUGACUACAACACAAUCCGCGAUAUCUGGGAUGCCACUGAUGCCGUUUACGACGCACUUUCAUCCAAGGAUAAAGUUGACUGGAUGGUGUCUUUCAUCCCCCAGGCUCAGAUUCAACAGACUUAUGCCGCCAAGCGGGGAGGAAACAGUCUCGGUCUCACUGAUGUUCCUGACCAAAUUGUUGUUUGGUUGACCUCGCGCUGGACCGAUCCGUCUCUGGAUGAAAUGAUGGAAGGCGCAAGACAACAAUUCGUUGACGAAUCAGUAGCUGUCGCUCAGAAAUACGACACCUACUAUCCUUUCCUUUACAUCAACUAUGCUGCUCCUUUCCAAAACCCACUGUGUGGUUAUGGCGAUGAGAGUGUGGAGUUCCUCAAGACCGCUGCAAGCAAGUACGACCCCAAUGGUGUCUUCCAAACUCUUAUGCCCGGUGGAUUCAAAGUGGGCAACUUAACGUGUUCUUGA